AUGUUCACAAUAUCAACCAUUUAUUUUUUAAUCUAUCUUUCAAUUUUUAUUUUCAUUGGUCUAACUUCUUCAAUUUUCAUCGUACCACUUUUAAUAACCUCUUUUGUAUUCGCGACUUUGGUAGUCAUUUUCGGUUUUAUUAGUAAUUCAACAUUGAAUUUAGCUUUAUGGCUAUUUUUCAAAACAAAUAUGUACAUGAGGAAAACAAUUAAUAAAAGACGUAUUUUUAAAAAUCAAAAACAAAAUUCAGAUCCAGAUGCAGACCCAAACGCUACUCCAAUUGAACAAGAUGAAAAUGUUUUAGAAUUAAAUCCUAUAAUAUCAACAACACAAGAAAAUAAUUAA